AUGGCUGCCGCUCCGGACGUUGUGCCCGAGGAAUGGCGGCUCUACUUCGUCUCCACACGCAUUGCCACCUUCUGCAACUGGCCGUUCACGGAGGGCUGCGUCUGCACGCCCGAACGGAUGGCGGCGGCGGGGUUCGUGCACUGCCCCAGCGAGAACAGCCCCGACGUGGCACAGUGCUUCUUCUGCUUCAAGGAGCUGGAGGGAUGGGAGCCCGACGAUGACCCCCUGGAGGAGCAUAAAAAACACUCUGCAGGCUGUGCUUUUCUUAGCCUUCAGAAAGAUGCUAGUAGCCUGACACUGCAGGAGUUCCUGAAGCUGGACAAAGAACGAAUGAGAAACUUAAUUAAAAAAAGCAUUUUGCAGAAGGUGACCAGCGUUGAGGAUGCAGCUGCAAACGUGCGCCGUCAAAUAAAGAACCUGGUCUCCUAG